UCUCAGGGUCGCCCUCGUCUUGAAUGACGUAAUGAGGCGUCGAUUACGGUGCGCCAGUGUCCCGAAGGGUGCAGAGCCACUAGCAAGUAACGCCAGUCGGUUAAAUUGAUACCGGAAGUCCACCGGUCUGACGACCGUCGUCCAACACGUCACUCCUCGCACGCACUCAUACACUCGCCUCACUACGACGAGGCAGCAAAGAUAAAUUGCCGGGCAGCCAGAGGGGAAGGAAGCUCGAGAAGAGGAAGGGGUCGGAGGAGAGCCUGAGCUCCGCGGUUGUCGGCAGCGAUAGCACGAUAGCACCGCUGGUGCCCUUGGCCGUGGGUCCCGGGGGGACGGGCGCCAUGGCGGCCUCAUCGUCCUCGUCGAGCGGCGAGCAGCAGUACUCCCUGAGAUGGAACGAUUUCCACUCGAGCAUCCUCAGCAGCUUCCGUCACUUACGUGACGAGGAGGACUUUGUCGACGUGACGCUCGCCUGCGACAGCAGUAGCUUCACCGCCCACAAGGUCGUCCUCUCGGCGUGCAGCCCGUACUUCCGCAGGCUUCUCAAGGCAAAUCCAUGCCAGCAUCCAAUCGUCAUACUGAGGGACGUCGCGAGCUCGGACAUGGAGUCCCUGCUACGCUUCAUGUAUCACGGGGAGGUGCACGUCGGCCAGGAGCAGCUGGCGGCCUUCCUCAAGACGGCCCAGAUGCUGCAGGUGCGCGGCCUCGCGGACGUCAACAGCGGCGCCGCGGCCAAAAUACCGACGGCCUCCGCCACCUCCAGUGGGAACAACGCGAGCGCGCCGGCGACGCCGCGGAAUCCUUGGCAAGAUAACGGGAGGGGCGACCUUAACGACAGCGAGCUCAGUCCACCCGUGGAGAAACGAUCCAGGAGCUAUUCACCGCCUCUGGGCAAUCACGUUGAAUCUAAGUCCGAUCUCCAGGAGUCGCUGCUUGGACAGGCGCUCGAGGGUGGCCCGACGAUACACACGACCUCCAGCAACAACGUUCAGGCACAAUCGACGGGUGAGGAUUCGACCUCGUUGUCGGAUAAUGAAGAAGACACCUCGAAUAACGACAGCAUCCUCAAUUCCGUAAAAACUGAACCUAGUGAACUUCUAAAUGACUCGCUGGAGCAUCAUCGCAACACAUUUCCGGCCGCGCUACUUGGUCUGCAAGGUCUGAUGCCUGGACCAUCAGGUAUCCACGCGGCAAAUCAGGAUCCAAAUUACGCCCGACGCAGCAUUGACAUCCUACGAGUGCGAGCGACGGAUCCACGGCCUUGUCCCAAGUGCGGUAAGAUCUACCGCUCGGCGCACACUCUCCGCACCCAUCUGGAGGACAAGCACACUAUAUGUCCAGGAUACCGUUGCGUCCUAUGCGGGACGGUGGCCAAGUCGCGGAAUUCCCUGCACUCGCACAUGUCGCGCCAGCAUCGUGGCAUAAGCACCAAAGACCUACCGGUCCUGCCAAUGCCGAGUCCCUUCGACCCCGAGCUCGCCUCCCGACUCCUGGCAAAGGCUGGCGUCAAGGUCAGCCCUGCCGAGUUGAGGGCACGAGCAAGCCCGACGGGGCCGCGACGAGGCGACAUGCGGCUCGAAAUACCACGAGGUCCGGGUGGUGCGCCCUCGGAAGCCGGAAGCUCUCUCUGCGGCGGCGACGAUCCCGAGGAUCUCACGCUGCCUCUCAGUCUCAGGUACGGUUCGCCGACGCCCAACAACAACACCGUGAUCACGAAGGUCCCGGGCGGCGGUCACAACGGGAGCAGCAACCAUAACCAAACCGGCAACGGCAAUGGGAAGGCCACGGCCGGGGCGAUCGCCGCCAAGUCCCUGGACACGCUACAUGGGAGCCGCGAACCCCAAACGGCGCCCUUCCAGCACGCCCUCGGGCAGCAGCAUAGCGCGACCGGCUCGGCGAUCGUCGACACCUUCCUGCAGUUUAUCGCCGAGAACUCCGGCCUCGGCGCCAUGAAUCUCACUCACGAGCAGGCGGCCGCCUACGCAGCCGCCCACGCCAAAAUGGCUCACAUGAGCGCGAUGGACAAACUCGCGGGCCGAGGCGGCCUCGUUGUCGAGGACUACCCGAUGAUCGGCCGGGACGAGGGCAGGGGCCUCGUUCACGAGGACAGACACGGGCACGAGGCCGAGUCGUCCGCCGGCGAGGACGACGACUUUAGCGAGAACGAGGAACCCGAGGGCCUUAAGGCCGAGUAGUGACGGCCCGCGAUACCGUAUUCCAUUCGUCUACCUCGCUCGCGCGCGCCUCGCCAAUCCGGGCUACGCGCCCCCCGACUCCCUGCCACCAACGCGCGAACAAAAGCAGACCAGCCAAUAUCCAUCCAUGCACCGAGA